AUGGAAGGAAAAAGCCACCUUAUACAGAAUGACCAAACCAUCUUUUCUGGAUCUCAGCAAGAGAGAACACCUCAAAAUUAUCCUGAUCAAGCUGUCUCGAAUGAAUCGUGCACUGUGACUACAGAAGCUAUGGAUACAGCAGGAGUCAGUGAAAUGCAAGCCUUCAGAAGUGACACAGUUUUAACGGGGGGGAAAGCGCACAUAUUUAGUUCAAAGUCUUCAAAUUUUACACAACAGAAUGUUAAUAGACUUACUGGUCUGGCUGCGAUUGCAUACAGUUACAAAGAAGACGAUGAAACAUCUGCCGAAAGUUCUACAGAAUUGGGUAAUUUCAAAAAAUCUUCAACUGGCGUUGAAUGUUGGAAAGAAGAGUUAGAUAAUAAAACCGUUGUAGAAAAUUCCACAAACACCAUGCGUUGCACAGAUGCUUCUAUUAAGAACCUUGAAGACCACAAAGUAGUGGAAAACAAUAAUAAUGUAGACGCAUGUGAAAAAGUCAUCGUUUGUGCCCCUAAAAAUGAUGCAUCUUUGAAGAAACAGGAAAGUGAAUUUAGCAGUGGAAGUAUAAUAGAAGUCACAUCACAGAUUAAAACACUUGAAAGGGAGAUCAAUGAAAUAGCACCAGAAAACCAUGAAAUUGCACAUUCUGAACCUUUCAAUAUUGGUACAUCAAUGGCUGGCGAUAGUUCUGAGAGUGUUCAAGAGACUGAAGUUGUUGGGCAUCCGGUUGUGGAGUCUAACAAUAUUGGUAACAAAGUAAAAGAACUUGUUAGUACUGAAAACGUGGUGUCAGAGCUUGUCAAUACUGGUACAUGUACCGCAAUGGCUGCUAAUACUUCUGAGAGUGUCCAAGAGGAUAAUGGUGUUGGACAUUCCGUCCUACAGCUUAACAAUAUUGGUAAUGUAUUAAAAGAGCCUGUUGGUAUUGGAAACAUAGUGACAGAACCUGUCAAUACUACAAGCACAUACAGAGAGCCUGUGAAAGUUGGAUAUACUAUCACAGAUUAUGGUAACAUUGCAAACAAAGUCACAGAGCCUGUCCAUAUGGGGAAUACAACAAAUGAGCAUCGUAAUGUUGUAGGCCUAGCCAACAAACCCGCGAAUACUAAACAUAUUCUCCCAGAGCAUCUUAACAUUGGUGCUGAGUCCUAUACUGAAAAUAUGACAACAGUGCAAGUUCAUAUUGAGGAUAUAACCAACGAGCCACUGAAUACUGGAGUCACAAGUGGAAGCCCUGUUAAUGUUGAAAAUGUGAAAUUAGAGACAGGUAAUGCAUUCUCGAACACAGCUUCAUCAAUAGGAAGUGUAGAUCAGGUCUAUGCUAUGGACACUAUUGACCAUGAACUAGACAGAAUCCAUGAUAAAGGAACUGGAGAUCAAAUACAGGAUACUACAGAGACUGACUCUUCCUCUAGUGACAGUUCUUCAGAUUCUGCUGAUGAAAGCUCAUCAAGUGAAAGCUCCACAAGUUCUGAGUAAGUAAGAAUUAUUUAAAAAAAAAAACAAACCAACAAAUAAUAAACAACCAAAACGAAUGUCCUUUAUGUAACACAGGGUAAUGAUUAAUUUACAUCUGCUACUGGAGACAGGGCUGCAAUUUUACUGUUGGCCAGAACCUCUUUAGAACCUCUAAUUUGAUAGGUUCUUGUUGGCCCAAAGCUCUAUUGUUUUAGAGUUGGGGUUCAUUGUUAGUUUUGUUUGGGUUAGGGCUAUAUAUUGUUUUCUAAACCAAUCCUCAGUGAGCCAUUCUUAGAGCUUCCGGCCCACCCCAAUUUUACAGGGUCAUACAAGCCAUGCAAGGGUCUUGCUGUUUGCAGUUUAUUAACCCUUUAAGUUCCAAUAUAGUGACUAACAUCAAUUUUCUCCUAACGAUAUCCAUACAAUGUCAAGCGAUUAGGUUAUGAGAAUUAAUAAAAUGAUCACCUAAGGGAAAAUGCCCGAUCUUUUAUCAAAUUCUCUCAACUCAUUCAUGAAGUAAAUGUAUGGAGAUCAGUUUGGAGAAUUUGUACGUGGAUAUUGGGACUUAAAGGGUUAAAGCAGUACCUUGAUUUCUCCAUUAUUUUUAAGACCCUCGCGUAUAGUAUUGGGAUGGUCCCAGGAAUCAAACCCAUGACCUCCAACUAUGCAAUAAAGCUAGCCUACCAACUGAGCUUGUGCUGCUGUGAUUGACUUGCUAAUCCUUUCAUUUCCAGUUUCCAUCAAAAUCUAUAAAAUGAGAGCUAAAAAAUGCAUUUGUGGCACUUACCUUGUAUGUGACAAAACUGCUGUGUCCUAACCUAACCUGGGAGUAAUGGAAUAAUCCAUUGUUGGUAAAGUGUGUAAUUUUCAUUAGACGUAAACUUUCUCAAGAGAAACUUAUCAUUUAUAGCGAAAUUUUAAGUUGGCCGCUUGCAGCUUAAUCGGCACUUAUUAGGAAACUAUUGAUCAACAAACUUUGAUAUUUACCCAAGUGAUGAUCUUGAGGACAUAAGAAGAGAGAUAGAGAAAGAAGAAGAACAAGUCCUGAAAGGUCCUCCAAGAACCAAAAGUGAAGUAUUAGCAAAGGUACAGUAGGCCUGGGUUUCAUCUGUUAAUUCUUCUUUGUUGCAGAAAUAUGACAUUUCCUGGUGUAGACUAGAAUCAUAUUUAGUCAACCUUUAGGAGUUAGACUACCUUUUUGUUUCCCCAUCCGUUGAUCCAAUUUAUACUGUACAAAACUAAAGUGUUUGAUUGUCUGCAUAAUAAAAUUUUGUUUUAACCCAACAUAGGGGGUGUACAUACAUAGUGUAUAACAGAAGUGAAAACUGUUUUUGGACAAACAAUGCUGUUAACUGUAGCUUUUAUCAGGAGUAAAGUUAUCUGUAGUGAUAAUAGCAUGUAAAAAAUGAUCAAUACACUUUAAAGGCCAAUGUAUGAGGAUAGACAUUAGAAAAGUGAAGAAGAGUAGGUAGGAUCAGUCUCUGCUUUCUAAAUUUUUUGGUUUGCCACAAGCACAUGUUUUUUUUCCUUACUUCUUAUUAUAUAUAUAUUUUUUCCUGCCUGUUCCAGCUCUCUGUAUUUUUUAAAGUGAAUUAAAUUUUUCAUGUAUAGUAGGUUCCCAGUACUCAUUUACACACCUCGACUGACUGAUUUCGGUGGGGGAAACAAUUAAACUGAAGCAAACUUUCUUGUGAAUGUCAAAGGAAGCAAUGCUAGGGCUGGACUUGAAUCCAGAGCUACCUACACUAAUAUAAUUAUUUUUUUUCAAAAGGACCUUCCAGAAAUUCCAGAACUGGAUAUAACCAUUGAUGACGAUGUUCAGCUUGUAGAGCUUGGUGUAAUAUUCAGUAUAGUUGAAUCAAUGGGUAAGAAUAUCAGCUAUGUAACAUUACCAUACAAUCAUAUUUCUAUACCUGCUAGCUGCUGUCCUGAAAAUUAUCUCUUAUUUGUAACUAAACUACUGGUAUAACUGUGUGCAAAUGACCAGAAAUGGCAACAUCAGUCUAUUAAAGGACCGUUUGGCAAUGAUCACCUAAUCAAGUUACUUUUUCAUCUUCAUCUCAGUGAAUUAAGUUGUUAUAAUAAUUAUUAAGAGGUGCAAUAAAUAACAUCUAAAAUUAUUAAAUUAAUACCCCAUUUGCUGUUAUAAUAAGUUAAGGGUUUCCGGUAAAAAGGGUGUAAUUCACCUAAUGUAUCAAUAUUAAGCAAAUUACACCCUAGUUUUUGCUGGAAACCCUUCAAUUAUUAUUAUUCUUCUCAGUUGAUGAUUAUAACUGUUCCUGAUCAUCACUAUGAACUUUCCUAUAUUUAGCAGGUCAAACUUUACUGUCACAACAAUAAUUAUCCACCUUUUCAUGAUAUGGUUCUUAAAAAUAAAGACAGUCACUAACUGCAAAAAGUGUUAAUUUUUGUUGUUGUGUUAUAGUGGUUGUAAAGGCAUUACCCCAAAAACCUGCUUUGGAUUCAGACAGUAUUCUCUUCAUGGGAAACAGAUCCUGUUUAGGCCUGGUAAGGACUUCUAACUAUUUAUAGAUAGCCAUGAAUUUAUUAAUUUUGUGUAUCUGUGCUUGGAAUAUAUAACAGUGAUUGUUAGAUUAUCAAGAUAAUAAUAGUUUAUGUUGUUCCAAAAUUUAAAGAAAUCAUCAAUUAUAAAAGGUUUAUAACAUAGGGAUAGUGGUUACAGGAUAGGCCAUUUACUGGUGGGCUAUUGCUGCCUUGUAAGAGGUUUCCCCAGGUACAUGUAAGGGAGUCUGGAUUCUAGAAUCCCGGAAAUUUUUGCAUGUGGAAUCCAGAAUCUUGGAAAUUUUUGCUUAUGAAAAUAAUGCGGAAUCCUAGGCCCUGAAAUUUGGAAUACAGCUGUGGGAAUCCAGAAUCCCACUAAAAAUUGGAAUCUGAAAUCCAAGUUCCCCUGAAAAAGGUGUGGAGUCCAUUAACUGGAAUCCGGAACCCAUGGCUUGGAAUCCAGAAUCCAAGACUGUGUUGGAUUCCCUUUCAUGGGGCAAAACAGGGCUGUCAAAAAGGGCCGCUAGGCUUCCAAAACCGCUAGCUAGUUAGCCAUCCUUAGCCAGCUGCUUUCAGCUCCUUCUACCUCAACUGCUAACAAAAAAUAAGCACCAUUGAAAAAAAUUGUAUUUAGCAUUCAUUUCCCAGUCUUGAAUGACAUUGAACACAUAUUUAAACAGGUUUAGAUUUGUGAAAUGUUUGAACCAUGUGAUGUUAUGGGACACCUGGGACAUUUCAAUGGCAUUGUUCCCAGUCUUGCGUGUAUUCUGAUAAAACAACAUGGCACCCAUAUUGGAAAAUACCUCUUGAAAACCCCUGGAAACACCAUUUCCAAGACUCUGAAUUUCAAAGUGCACUAGAUACUGACCAUCGGCUGCAGGGCGCUGCUCACAGAAAAAGUCAUUAGAACCACUAAGGAUCCAUUUGUUUUAAUUAAAAAGCUGUUAUUGGCCUUAAUUGCAGGUAUUUGAGACUUUUGGACCUGUACAGACACCAUUUUAUUCUGUCAGAUUUAACAGGGAAUCAGAUAUAUCUAGUAAAAAUGUUCAUGUUGGUGACAAGGUGUUCUAUGCUCCUGAUGUCAUGGAGUAUUCACACUAUGUGUUUGUUGCACAACUGAAAAAGUAAGUUAGCAUAGAAAUCAGGUUUGUUAAAAUAGGGUAAAUUAAUAUUUCAAAUCUUUAUCUCAGCACAUGGCUUUAAGGUUUCGUCAUUUUGUCAUAUUAUUUUAUAGCAUGUUGGGGUUCAGGGGUGGGGAGGUCAGAGUAUUAAUUUUUAAAAAUGCAUGUAUCCUAUUACAAGUGACAACUUUUUUUCUGAAAUUCUGACAGCCCAAAACUGAAAUCAAACACACACUAAAUGACUAUAGUAUGUGCCGUCCAAUGCAACCAAGAAAUUAAAAUUCUCAUAGUUUUUGUUCUUUUUGUACAUACACUGUUUACAGGUAGCUAUUAUACGACACCUGAAGGGGGAUCAUGAGGUUAUCCCUAUAUUAAGAUUGCUCCGUACGGGUCGUUAACCCACCAAGCCCAGGAAAGGUUGGCCACAGCAAUGUGGUCUAUGUCCCCUACUUUUUUUGAACAGUUCUUAGCUUUUAUGUUCCACAAGAACCACAGAAAAAAUAACAGAUUCCCAUUUUUGGAUAUUUUAGGGUAUUUAAAGAAUACCCUCAAAAAUCCCAAAUUUGGAAGAGUGAGACAAGUCCGAACCAAGGAACUUGGUUGGAAAUUCCCUGGUUGGGACUUGUCUCACUUUGCCAAAUUUGGGAUUUUUGUGGGUAUUCUUUAAAUACCCUAAAAUAUCCAAUAUUGGGAAUCUGUUAUUUUUUCCUGUGAACCAGAUAAGUGAAAGUACCGUAAGAUGGAACCUACAGUUUUUCGCCCUUAUCCAAGAAGACUAGAAAAUCUUUCUUCUCAAUUAUUUAAAGACCCUGAGUGUUGGUCCGGCGGGGGUUUGAACCUGCAACCUCCUGCUCAGCAGACCGGCACUCUUCUAACUGAGCUAACCAGGUAGCAAACAUUAUUAUUAUUUUGUUUUUCAUUCUUUGUCAUUUUUCGCUAGGUUGAAAGGCUCGGAUGCUUCAUGGGAACAUGAUGAAGAACCCCCUCCAGAGGUGAAUGAAAUAAAUUACUUUUUUAAUUAAUUAGAUGCUUAAAAAUUUUUACAGAAAAUUGGCUUGGCAAUCAAUACUAUAUUUUGCUAAAAGUUUUAAACAUUUUUCUAAAUCCCUUAUUAUUUGUUACUUCAGAUCAGUAGGCACAGCAAUUGUAUGAAUAAUUAAAAGUCAAUGUUCUGCAUUGAAAUUGAGCCUGUUAUUAUUAUUAUUUUAUAUUUUAUCUUUGUUGCCACUAAUAGGCCGUAGAAUAUUCUGAUGAUGAGGAAGAAUCAAAAGCAAGAGCAAGUAGGAGAAAAGAAAGGUACAAAUAUUAUGUUUGAGUGUUGAUAAGAUGCCUUUGAUAAAAUUAUAAGAGCACCAUGUCAUAGCUAUACCUACAUCGCCAAAUGCAGAUCAUUGAAAAAUUUGACCACCUCCCAAUUUGGCUCCAGCCCUAAUAGGACUUACUUCUAGGGGACUGUGAGUCAUGCACUCCUUAGUAUUUUCAACUCCUGAAAGUACAAGUUCAAUGUCUUUUUCAAAAAGCUGACCUUUUUUUUGUAAACCUGCAGUGGAAACCAGUCUGAUCAUGCUAAUAUUUAUCAUUAUAAAUAGUAAUCAUAAUAAUAUUAGGGCUAGUAUUGUACAUAAAAAUUUUGUAUGUAAGAUAUGUGCACAAUUUGGACUUCAACUCCAUUAUUUCAUUUCAUUUCUGAUGCACUCAUGAAAACAUUUCUGUGUAGGAUGGCCAAAAGUGGUUCUAAAACAGAUGAAAGUACUCGGACAACAGGAGAAAGUGGGUCCCAUUUUCAUCAGGGAUUUAAAAGAGGUUUGUGCAUUGUGUAGAAAUUUAGUGUAAUUUAAAAAAAGAAGAACUACGGACCCGUCAAACUCAAUUUCACCUGUAACCUGUUUGCUCCUAAAAGUUCUCCAAAUUAUAAUUCACAGAAAUGGGAAAUUAAAAGAAACAAAUAAAUUUAUAAUUUAGUACCAUCCAUGAGUGGAACGGACUUAGCUCUCCUGUGGUGACAAAACUCGCUGUGAAUAAGGUAAUCAUUGUAACAAAAGCACUCCCUUGCAUUGCCUAUGUGUGGAGCAUCACAAGAGGUCAUGAAUUGAACAAUGAACUUGACUUUAAUGCAAAGUAGUUUCCACAAGCAAUCCAAAUUACCAAAUCAUUCUUAAAUCAAUCUUUACCAUAAGUUUCUGUCAUUAAAAUGUUUCAGGUAACAGAAAGAGAACUUGGCAAAAUGAUGCGAAAGGAAAGACCGUCACUCAGAACCAAAAUCAAGGGAUGCCUCCUAGCAACUCAGUGCCCAUGCCACACCCAGCAUACAGAGGUCCUACAGCCUGGAGUGGGAGUGCAUCACCUUUGCAAGCAUCAGAGAGACCCUACAUGGGCCCUCUCCCUCAUGAAGCUAUGCACUUUCAGGGUCUUUCAGAGGGACCUCCUAGGGGGGUACCCCCAGUGAUGCUUCCUCCAAUAGGGCCACCUUCUUCAGUCCCUAUGGGACACAUUCCUCUAACAGAGCCAGGCCCCAUGAUAAAUGUACCCAGACCACCAUUUGGGCCACCAAGGCCCUUUGGUGGUGGACCAGGUGUGCAAAAUCCUUGGCCAGGGAGUCCAUCUCCUGGUUUUUCCCACAGGUACCCUAUUCCUGCACCUCAACAUUUUCAGAAUCCCAGGGGAAAUAUUCAAAGUUUUCCAGGAAGAGAAUUCAUGGCUUUUGGUGUGCCACCUCCUCCUCCUCCUCCAACACCCCCACCUAUGUAA